CUAUGGUAGAAGUUCAGCUAGAUGCAGAACAUGACUACCCUCAAGGUCUCUUGAUAGCCUUCAGUGCCUGUACUACCGUCCUCGUUGCAGUUCACCUUUUUGCACUCAUGAUAAGUACCUGCAUUCUUCCAAAUAUAGAGGCCGUUAGCAAUGUGCAUAAUCUCAACUCUGUAAAGGAAUCUCCUCAUGAGCGUAUGCAUCGGCACAUUGAGCUCGCGUGGGCAUUCUCUACUGUCAUUGGGACUUUGCUCUUUCUUGCAGAGGUGGUGCUGCUGUGUUGGGUGAAGUUUCUUCCUUUAAAGAAGAAAACUGACAAUCCUCUCCAGAGCAACAGUUCUACCAUCACAUCAGGACAGGCAGCAGCCAUUGCAUCAACGUCUAUUAUGGUUCCCUUUGGAUUGAUUUUCAUUGUGUUCGCAGUCCACUUCUACAGGUCACUGGUGAGCCAUAAAACAGACAGGCAAUUCCAGGAACUGAAUGAACUUGCUGAAUUUGCACGGCUCCAGGAUCAGCUGGAUCACAGAGGUGAUGCCAUCUCCUCAGCUGUCACCCAUUUUGCGUAAACCUGUACUUAAAAUAAACCCACUGUUCUGCUUUUGCC